AUGUCAUCAUUUAGUCUUAUUUUACAUAGUGAAGAGGAUGCUAUUAUAUCUAGGAUUGGUGAUACACCUGAGUUAAUAAUGGAUUGUAAAUUUGAUACUAAUUAUGACACUUUAUACACAUCUCAUGUAGAUGGUAGAAUACUCAAAAUAAAGUAUGAUUUUGAUGACAGUUGCAUAAUUUCAGUUUCAGAGUUAUAUAAGAAAAAAGGAUCUUGUAGAAAUAUUGAAUUGAGGAAUAAUAAAUCGAUUGCAGGGUAUAACACUGGUGAGAUAGUAUUAUUAAAUUCAAAUUGGAAAGAGGAAUGGAAAUGCAUUAAUAGAAAUUCUGCAAUAAAUUCUCUUAAAUGGAUCAAUGAUAAUAUAAUUGUUAAUGGUGAUGAUGAUGGAUAUGUUUGUAUCUGGGAUACUAGAGAAAAGCCAAAAAACCCUUCAAUAUCAUUCAAAGACUAUGAUGAUUGUAUUAAUGAUAUAUGUUUAAGUUAUACUAAACAAAAUCUUCUUGUUGCCUGUGGUGAUACUCUUGGAAUUUAUGAUUUGAGAAGUAUAUAUACAAAUAAAAAGAAAGAUCAUUUAGUAUCUUUAUCAGAUGCUCAAGAAGAGAAUAUCCUAUGUAUAAGCUUAUUUAGGAAUAAUCAAAAUGUUGUAUGUGGAACUGAUGAAGGUAACUUAUUAUUAUUUACCUGGGAUAACUUUGGAGAUUGUAGUGAUCGCAUUACUAUUCCUUUUGUUGAUGGUUUUCACGGAGAUAAUAGUGUUGAAAGUCUUGCAAUGUUAGAUGAACAAACAUCAAUUAUCGCUACUAGUGAUGGAAAUUUAAAAAUUGUGGAAUUCUUUCCAAAUAAAGUUAUUGGAUUUUUAAAGCAUGUAAGAUAUAAACAAAAGUGCGAUGUUUCAAAUCUUGAAUGCUCCAAAGUUGCUGUUUCAAGAGAGAAAAAUAUUAUUGCUUGUUCUCAUGGGACAGUAAUAGAUAUAUUUGAUAUGAAGUUAGUUGAUAAUAUGAUUUCAUCUAAACCACGAGAUAAAAAAAAAAAGAAGAAAGAUAUUGAUGGAUUUUUUGCUGAUCUUUAA